UGCAGACGACGCGAACUUCAUGUGCCGCGUUGUCUUCGCGAGAAAAAACGUCUGCGAUAGCCGGAGCAUCGCAUAACAAUAAUAAGCAGCAAAAAGCGAUGGCAUACUGAGCUGGUCGUCAGACUCUCAAUGAAUUCGUCGUCCUGCUGUCGACGAGAGAAAGCCCAAGACAUGAUGCAGUUUUCCCAUGGCGUUUGAAUCAGCAAUACGGCGUCUGCGUCAGUUGGAGGUUAGGUUCACGUAGGGCUGGAUUAAUAAUUUUCCGGUAAAAUGUCGCACAAGAAGAUCUACAUCGGGAACGAUGAUCAAUCAAUGGAAGUGGAGGAUUCAAAGGCACCGCAGAAGGAAAUCAGGCUGUUCUGUUUUGACAUAAGCAACUGCAGUGUGAGGAGUCAAUUACUUUGGUGUAGCUUGGGGAUAUUCACGUUUUAUAUUAUCUAUGGAUAUUUACAGGAAUUGAUAUUCACUUUGGAUGGAUUCAGACCAUUCGGAUGGUACUUGACACUCAUACAGUUUGGAUAUUACACGGUAUUUGGUUGGGUCGAAUGUCGUAUCAGAGGUAUUAGUAGAAGAAUACCAAUCAGCACUUAUCUCCUGCUGGCUCUGUUGACCUUAGGUACUAUGGGUUUCUCAAAUUCAUCUCUUGGUUAUCUAAAUUAUCCAACACAGGUGAUUUUCAAGUGCUGUAAGCUCAUUCCAGUACUAAUUGGUGGCAUCCUGAUUCAGGGAAAGCGCUAUGGCUUCCUUGACUUCCUUGCAGCGGGUCUAAUGUGUCUAGGCUUAAUCCUGUUCACCCUAGCCGACAGCAUGAUAUCACCGCGUUUCGACCUAAUCGGCGUUGCAAUGAUUAGCUGUGCCCUUCUCUGCGACGCCCUUAUUGGAAACAUACAAGAGAAGACCAUGAAACAGCAUAAGGCUACUAAUACCGAAGUCGUGCUUUACUCUUACAGCAUUGGAUUUGUCUAUUUGUUCGCCAUAUUAGCGUUUACUGGUGAUAUGAGCAGAGGGGCAUCAUUUUGCAGCAAGCAUCCAUUGGAAACCUAUGGCUAUGCCCUGCUCUUCUCGUUAUCGGGUUACCUGGGUAUCCAAAUCGUUCUCUCACUAGUGCAGUCAUGCGGUGCCUUCGUUGCCGCCACUGUAACUACUUGUCGCAAGGCCGUCACCAUCAUCAUCAGUUUCCUCUUUUUCUAUAAGCCCUUCACAUUUCAGUAUAUCUGGUCGGGACUGCUCGUCAUCCUCGGGAUCUACCUCAACAUCUACAGCAAACGCUCCAAUGGCAAAAAUACUUGGCGCGAGAUAUGUCAAGCCGUUAGUCGUUGCAUUAAGCGUCAGAAUCGUAUACAGAGGAGGCUCAUGUCGAAUGUUUAGUCACGAGACAUUUUUAGCAUUUUUUAUAAGAGAUACAAAAAAGAGAGUUACACGUAAAAUUAGGUUGUUUGAUUGGGUGCUUCACGAUGAAGUUUUGACGAAAUUUUUUCAGAAUUCUCAGAUUUAUAGUAUUAGACAUUAAGAUUGUAUUAUCGAAGAUGCAAAACUAUUGUGAAUGAUCCAAUUAAUAUUAACAGUUCCUGUGAUAGAAACUGCGCAUGUUAAUGUCUAUGAAGACAGUAUUUAAUGAUGAAUAAUGCUGGAUGAUAUAGAGGAUCCCAAAUAUUGCAUUGAGUCGAAACGUUAUUUGAAUUAUUUUACUCAUUAUUGUAUAUUACUGUAUAGUUGACUUAUAAUUUUGUAUGUGAUAUGAAAAUUUAAUACGAUCUUUUACUAUUCAUUUUUUAACUGUACAUUGUUACAAAUAUGCUAACAAUUAAAUAUAUACAGCAAUAAAAGUUUAUAAAAACUAACUCAUUACGAACAAGUUUAGAUAACAUAUAAUAGUCAUUGUGUAUACACAUAAUUAUUAAAAAAUGUACAAGAAAAAAUGCUUUAUACGAUUAAAGUAUGUGAAUUAUAGACGCCUAUUCGACGUUGAUAUUGUACAAAAAGGUAACGAACAUAGGACAGUCAAUAAGAUGCAACGAAAUCAAAAAAAUGAUUUUGAAA